CGGGGAAGGCGCCACUGUCGGAGUCGAUUCCAUCCUCUUCCAGCGAGUCCAGGCCGUUUAUGUGAUGGCUGUGCUUUGGGGGCUUCCUCUCUCGGUGCUUCUUCUCUCCCUGCACACUCCGAGUCGAGCAUCUCCGUCCUGCCCUGUGCACUGUCGCUGCUACAGCCUCACCGUAGAGUGUGGGUCCACCAGCCUGACGGACGUCCCUAAACACAUCCCUCCAUCCACACAGACCAUCUUCCUCCAGGACAAUGUGAUUGGUCAGAUCCGCCGACAGGACCUAAUUCGACUGCGGCACCUGCACUACUUGUACCUGCAGAACAACACCAUCGCAGCAGUGGAGCCGGGCUCUUUCCAGAACCAGGGCCAGUUGCUGGAGCUGGCUCUGAACGGGAACCGGGUCCACCUGGUGACAGCUGACAUGUUUCAGGGACUUGAACAUCUCCGCAUUCUUUACCUGGCAGGAAAUGACAUCACACGCCUACUGGACUACACCUUCCGUGGUUUACAGCGCCUGCAGGAGCUCCAUUUGCAGCACAACAACAUCGAGAUGUUAGCAGACCAAGCUCUAGUUGGUUUGACUUCUUUGGCUCUGCUGGACCUGAGUAGGAACAAUCUACACACCAUCGGCCCUGCGUCCCUGCGACCUCUGGUCAGUCUCCAGGUGCUGCGUAUCACAGACAACCCAUGGCGCUGUGACUGUGCUCUCCACUGGCUGAGGAGCUGGAUUGAUGAGGAGGGCCAGAGGCUGCUCAGCUCUGCAGAACGUCGACUGGUCUGCACUGAGCCGCCACGCCUCACACACCUAAGCCUGGUGGAGGUCCCCCUCAAUAGCUUGGUGUGUAUUCCUCCACUGGUGCAGCUGGAGCCCAGAAGACUAGCGGUGCGGCUGGGAGAGAGCCUCAGGGUGUCCUGCCAUGCCUCUGGUUACCCGCGGCCACAGGUGACCUGGAGGAAGGCGUCCCAGGGUAAAGUGGUGCUUUCUCCCAGAGGCCUGGUUCAGGAGCUGGGUGCAGGAGGAGGCGGUUUGGCUGGAGGAGAACAACCCUCAGAAGAAGGCAGAGUCAGCCUGCAGAAGACUGACGGCGAGCGCUUUGAUCCCGACACUGGCAGUGGCAUGCUGUUUCUUAGUAAUGUGACUGUAGCUCAUGCGGGUUUCUACGAAUGUGAAGCCUGGAACGCAGGGGGUGUGGCCAGGGUGACUUUUCAGCUCGCCAUCAACUCAUCCACUUCCUCUUCCUCCGCUUCUUCCUCCAUCUGGGCCUCGUGGUCCCAGGUGUCCUCGCCAUACUCACCCUCCUGGCCCAGGCUGAGGAGCCGCGGUGCUGCUCCGGGCUCAGAUGUUAGUCGAGAGCCGCUGUACGCACUAGGCAGCAUGGCCUUCAGCGCUUUGGGAGCUGCCACUCAAACUGCUAUAGCUGUUGGCAUCUCUCUGCUGGCUCUGACCGCUCUGCUGCUGGUCGCCAUGAUCUACAGCCGGCAUCGCCAAAGAGAGAAGGAAGCGGAUGGAGCUGAGAAGGAGGAGAGCAUCCUGUACGUGAAUGACUAUUCCGAUGGCCCCACCACCUUCGCCCAGCUCGAGGAGUAUCGGGAUGAGCGAGGCCAUGAGAUGUACGUCCUCAACAGGGCCAAGCCUGUGCUGCCUCCUGCUCCACCCACAGCUGUUUCCACCACUAACCUGGGUGGCCCUGUUCCAUCUGACACCUCCAGCCACACCCUCUCCUCUGGGCCUUCCCAGAACAUGAGUCCCACUCUGGCCCCCAACAAAAAGCUGCAACAGCAGCAGGAGGGCGACAUACGGACCAUGAGGAGGAUGGCGGGGGAGGGAGGGGAAGCCAAGCCUGUGAUCACAUCCGAGGCAGAAGGGAUGUUUCUUAACCACACAGGCCUGUUCAUGGACUCCCAGAUAGCCUAUGAGAUCCACUGCUGA